GUGGAUUAGAAGUUUGGGGCUGAAAUUGUGAUCAGAAGAAACGAAAUGGACAUUGGACUGCCACUUGGAAACAUUACGUCGAACAGUUUGUUGUCGACUUCUUCAAGAAACCAAAAGCUUUUCAGACUCAGCUCUUCAAGAAGGGACUCCCAACCACCACCGCAACAAAACGGUGACAACGACGGCAACAACAAAAACAACACAGGAGGUGACAAAUUCUCAACAGAUUGGGACAAAGCCUGGUCAAGCUUCAAAAAGCAAGGGAAAAAGACAUUCUUCUCUCAAUUCUCUCCAAACAAGUAUGUGAGCUGGAAUCCUAGGCGUUCCAACUAUCCGCUGUCUGAGGAGGUUGAUCCCAUCAAGAGAACAGAGAAAUCAAACCUCAUGUUAUGGACCAGUCCAAGGUUCACUCUAGCAGUGGCCAUUGUAAUAGUCACAUUUCUUUUGGUGUACACCAUUCUUGCUCCAAUUAAGUGAAUUUUACUUGAUUCGAUAUUAUGGAGGUCCUGUGCUGUAAAGAUUCGAUAAUGUUUCCAAGGAGAUGGGCAUAGAGGAGGGAUUUUGUAAAUUGUAUAUUAAUGCUGCUACAUCUAUAAAUAAAUGCAGCUGAUCAUUGUUCUUCUUCUAUCA